CGACGAGAUGACCAGGCGCUGAACCGCGGUGCUGCAUAAACUCUAACUUUUCYGGGGGGGUUGGCAGUUUCGCUUUGAAAUGGAUGAGUUUCAUCCGUUCAUCGAGGCCCUACUGCCGCAUGUGCGUGCCUUUGCCUACACCUGGUUCAACCUGCAGGCGCGCAAACGCAAGUACUUCAAGAAGCACGAGAAGAGGAUGACCAAGGAGGAAGAGCGGGCAGUGAAGGACGAGCUGCUGGGAGAGAAACCCGAGGUCAAGCAGAAGUGGGCAUCGCGGCUGCUGGCCAAACUCCGCAAGGACAUCCGGCCCGAGUGCCGCGAGGACUUUGUGCUGUCCAUCACAGGGAAGAAGCCCCCCUGCUGCGUCCUCUCCAACCCUGACCAGAAGGGCAAGAUGAGGAGGAUCGACUGCCUGCGUCAGGCCGACAAGGUGUGGAGGCUGGACCUGGUCAUGGUCAUCCUGUUCAAGGGCAUCCCGCUGGAGAGCACGGACGGAGAGCGCCUGGUCAAGGCUGGGCCAUGCAACAACCCCAUCCUCUGUGUCCAGCCACACCACAUCAGCGUCUCGGUCAAGGAGUUGGACCUCUACCUGGCCUACUUCGUACAGGAGAGAGAGUCAGAGCAGAGCAGUAGCCCACGCACAGGUAUUGGGUCAGAUCAGGAGGAUAGCCGAGCUGCCACCAUGGAUGCUCCUGAGUUUCAGGAAAGCUUUGUGACGUCAGGAGUUUUUAAUGUAACAGAGCUGGUGCAAGUGUCCAGAACUCCGGUGGUGACGGGGGCAGGCCCUAACUUUUCUCUGGGAGAGCUGCAGGGGCACCUGGCCUAUGACCUUAACCCCUCAGGGGUGGGCAUGAGGAGAACCCUGCCCAGCACCUCCUCCAGCGGGAGUAAGAGGCACAAGUCAGGCUCCAUGGAGGAUGAUGUGGACACCAGUCCUGGGGGGGAGUACUACACCUCUCCCAACUCCCCGGCUAGCAGCUCCCGCAACUGGCAAGAGGAUCUGGAAGGAGGCAUGUCCCCUGGAGUAAAGAAGACAGAGAUGGACAGCCCGUCUCCUCAGGAGAGCUCCCCACGUCUCGGCUUCACACAGCACCACCGGCCCGUCAUCGCAGUGCACAGUGGGAUUUCUCGGAGUCCGCACCCCUCCUCGUCUUUGCACUUCCCCACCACCUCCAUCCUGCCCCAGUCCACCUCCUACUUCCCCCACACCGCCAUCCGCUACCCGCCACACCUCAGCUCCCAAGACCCGCUGAAGGACCUGGUCUCCCUGGCCUGUGACCCGUCCAACCAGCAGCCCAGCCCAGUGAGUCCAGCCCAUCUAACAACUCUAACUAAGGCCCAGAGUUUGUCCUGGUCAGGUUAUGUGCUGAACGGCAGUGGUCAAGUGAAGGUGCCCAGUCACUACAUCUCCUCCCAGAUGCUGGCGCCCCCUCCGCCCCCCGGAAUGCCCCGUCUGACGCUGCCCUCCGACUCCAAGUCCAGCACCACCACCUCGGACGGGGGAGCCAACUCCCCCACGUCACCCAGUAAGUGGGCCGCUGCAUACUCAGCUCCUGGGACGCCCCCUGCCAACCGCUCCUUUGUAGGGAUCGGACCUCGAGACCCUGGCGCACUCUACCAGGCACAGUCCUGGUACCUGGGGAACUAAACAACACAAGGAUAAGCGAAAGGGGCAGGGACACAUGGAUUUGUGAUUCAACACUUUUUGUGGAAUUUAGAAAAUUGCAAAUGAGAUGCAAGAGGGAAAGUGUAUAUAUAUAUAAAUAUAUAUGUGCAUAUAUAUUUAUGUAUAUCAACAUAAAAGAUGCUUCAACACACCUUUUUGGAAUGCAAGACAGAGGCCGAGAGAGCAACGCCAAGGAAAGAAAGAGAAAAAGUUUGUGCAGCCAAAAUGAACGGUGGGGCAGAGACAUGACCCCAUGAACCUCCCCCCUGCCUCCAGGAUAGUGCCCCUCUUCAACACCCCCUCUGCUACAGGUGCUGCUUCCUCAUAUAUGCAAAAUAAGUAUCCUUUAUUUUCUCAAUCAACAAGAAAGAGAAGAAUCCAGAUCCAGUCAUUAUACUUUUCCACACUUCUUCGGAGACGGUAAAAAACAACUCUUUGAAAGUAGUUAGGGGAGGCUGGUCACGCAUGGUCAAUAACCUCCCUUCACCCACGAAAAGUCUACUUUUCAUCCAGUUUUAUUGACAAUCCUGUAUCUGUGUCAGUUACUUUGUUUAAAGAGUGGGGUAUUUUUAAGAUUUCAUUUAACACAGCCCAUUUGUCAUGUUUAAAAGUGUCUUCUAUAAGGCACAGUGAUAUGCACACACAAUCAAAAGGAUCAGUCUUUAGAGCAGUAGAGAGCAUUGUAAAAAGACAGGUACUGUAACAGGUGUGUUAGUUUUCACAAUAACUUAAGAUGCACUUUUGUGCCUGUCAACUGUUGUCUGUUUGUUUAGACAUUUGUUUGUGUUUGCAUACGAUUCAAACAUAAUGAAACCUCCUCUUCCUAUCCUUGCCCCACUCUUUAGUUACUAUUGCAUAACGUUUGUAUUAAUGUAGAUAACAGGAGUUUAUUCUGCAUAGUGACAAAGGGAGUACAAAAAUAGUAAUGUCACUAUUGAGACAGUAUUGGGUGUAGAGGGGAGAGUUUUUCUUUUUUGUGUAUUUAGUUUAAAUUGCAUUGGACAUUACAGGCAUUGCACUACUAAAA